CAUUCUGCAGGGCAAAGAAAAAAAAAAAAACCUGUAGGGUAAUUAUAGCAGAGAAUGUUAAAGCAAUUCACAACACACACAGAACAAGCCAGUCUGCAAGUUGUGUAAGGAAAAUAUAGUUUGUGGCAGCAAGAGCCACCAAUAUAUUAAUGGAUGCACACGGAGUCGUAGUGUAAUGCUAACGAAACUCAAGGACGACAAACCACGGGCGGAAGAUACAGAUCAACUGAGCGCAGCAAGUGGCGCACUCAAGAGAGGGGCUGUCCAUGUGGCCAGCUGCUCCAGGCUGCAAACAGCCAAGUUGAGAAGGGCCCGGAAGGACAGCCAGCUGGUCAGCAAGAGACUCCUGCUGAAUGAUGAUGACGAGGAGGAGGAUGGCACCAUGGACACACUGGCCAGCGAUCAGGUGGUAGAGUUGUUCAACAUGGUUCGCCAUGGCAGGGACUUGAUGAAGAAAGAAGCUGACCUAAGAGCGCUGAGGAAAGCCCUCCGCAGCCCCUCAGCCCACCUCAUCCUUAUCAAGCAGCCGAACAGUAUUGCGAUCCUGGUGACUAACCUCUGUGGCCCCAACCCUCAGUGUCGUCUGGAGGCUGCCCGCUGUCUCCACGAGCUGUCCCACUCCCCCCACAGCGAGGUGGACUCGUUGAGGCUCCGACAGGCCACACCCUACCUGAUAACCUUCCUCUCUGGACAGAGCCCCAAGUUCACUGAGCUGUGUCUCUACACCCUGGGUAACAUGUGUCCAGACAGUGAGAAUGUAAGAGAUAUGCUUCUAGCUCAGGGCAUCAUACCUGCUUUGAACAACUGCAUCCAGAUCCACAGGACUAACCUGGCAGUGGUUGAAGCAGUAGGGUUCACCCUCUCCCAGCUCAUCUCAGCGAACUACGUCACAGGGACAAUCAUCCCGGCAGUCUUGGCGUCUGGUUUGAUCCCUCACCUCCUCUCAGUGUUGACCCCUGACUCUCAGUUUGGCCUGGGACCAGUCAUUGAGUGUGCCUGGUGCCUGCACUACCUGGCCUGCAGCAAUGUGGACAAUGGGGCACUGGUGGCCCAAGGUACUCUUCUACAUUGCACUUCCCUCUUGGUGACACUUGGUGUUGCUGUUGCUAAAGGAAGUAUAGAGGAGGGAAUUGAGCUGUUGAUCUGGCCCCUGCUGCGCUGUGUGGGGAACCUGCUGUUAUCUGGGCCCCUGGGGGCCCUGCAGCCCCAGCUAAACGAUAGCCGUCUCCUGGCUGCGCUGUGUGCUUUUCCUCAGGCCUUCCUCCAGACCCACCCAGCCCUGGCCAGAGAGAGCGUCUGGGUCCUCAACAACCUCACAGCUGCUGCAGACUCCAGUGUGUUCUGUUCUGCCCUGUUCUAUCUGAAUCUGGUUCCUGCUCUGAUCCAGCUCCUGCCCUUCUCCCACGGCAUUAACAUCAUGGUGCUAAGGGUUCUGGGUAACAUUGCCCAUCAGGGGAGAGAGUACUGUCUCCACCUGGCUCAAGCUGGCCUGCUGCCUGCUCUCUGUGCCACACUCAAGAUGGCCGACACCGAGGUGGUGACCUUCAGUCUGGAGGUGCUGGGCCAGCUGAUGGCCAGUGACCCACAGCUUGCAGAGGAGUUUGUAAGGCAGAGUGGGCUCCGUGCUGGAAGCCAUCCAGUAUAGCAACCAGGAGACUAUCCCA